AAGAGAAAAACCGGGCAAAGGAAGAAACUCCUUGCAGAAAAUCCUCUGCUGUAAAUGUUGACUUGUACAUAGUUUGUAGAUGUUAGGUUGUCUCCAGCCAGUGCGGUAGUUGCAUUAGCUUCCAUUCUUCCCAUCAGUGUCCGUUUAACUAUCUUCUUUUCCCGAGGAGACACCAAUCAACCUUGCUGAAGCGAGGCGUGCAGAAAAAUGCGUGCUCAGUUCUUUCACAACAUUGAUUUGUGAUAGACGGUUACUGGAUGUGUUCCAAGAAUCGCUAUCACAUUCAUUUGGUCUUUAACAAAAGAAGCUGCUUUUAAGAGAAAACUGUAGUUCGUUUGUUAAUCGCAUUUGGCCCUCGUAAACUGAGUGUUCCGAGAAGAAGCGUCUAAUGAGCAUGGCAACAGAAACACUUUACCCGCCCGGUGUGUUGGAACCCGGAGAGAUACCCCCAGAACUACUUAAUGGUUUGAUGGGAAACGGCAAUGGUACAGAACAUGUGGAUGAGGAACCAGUGGUUGAUAUCACAAUUAAUAAUGUUGUGUGCAGCUUCAACACAAGAUGCCACUUGAAUCUGAAAAGAAUAGCUUUAGAAGGGUGCCAUGUUGAAUACAAACAAGAACAAGGCAUGCUGAACAUGAAGUUGAGACGUCCAUAUACCACAGCCAGUAUUUGGUCCUCAGGGAAGAUCACUUGCACAGGGGCAACCAGUGAAGAUGACUCACAUCGAGCAGGGAGAAGGAUUGCUCGGCGUCUUCAGAGGCUUGGCUUUAACGUACGCUUCACCAACUUUAGAGUAGUCAAUGUUCUAGGAACUUGCAGCCUACCAUUUGGAAUCAAAAUAACCAACUUUUCUAAAGCUCACAGAGAAGAAGCAAGCUAUGAGCCAGAGUUGCAUCCAGGAGUGACCUACAGGAUUAAGGAUCCUAAGGCCACGCUCAAAAUCUUCUCCACAGGCAGUAUUACAGUAACAGCUCCAUCAGUAGCAAACGUCCAAUCGGCCAUUGAGCACAUCUACCCCCUAGUGGUCGAGCACAAGGCGGAGGAAACUGAGAUUGACCGUGAUACCCUGCUCCGUGAAAAGCGGUUCCUGGAAGGCAGCCAUGCCAUCGUGAGUACACGCAGCAAGGGUCAGAGGUGCUUCACGACAGUUGAGUCAGAUGAUGAUGAAGCCCUCGACACCAGUGAUGACAGUUUUGACAGUGAAGAGAGUCAGGAUUAACCCAUGCCUUGUUCCUGUAUUCCAUGCUGUGUUUUGGGAGUGAAUGAUUUACAGCUGCUUCACAGGAGCAAGGAACACUGCUGCAGUUGACUGAUGUUGCGUACUGUGUGGGCAGCUGUUUAGAGUGGGUGCUAUUGACACAGUAUGCUAAUCCCAAGCUCGUCACAAAGACAGACUGUUCCGUGUUAUAUCAGACAAGGAGGCAAAUGAUUGUGCAGGCAAUGAACAAUAACAUGUGGAUGUUACUUUAGACUUGUUACCACGGUUACUGUACAACGACAUAUCUUUACCAUGUCUGAGCGGCGUAUUAAGAACUCUAAUUGUUGUCUAGUAAAGUGCUUGUGGUGGGAUACUUUGUACUGAUGUUUCAUCGUGUUUCAUACCUGUGGGUGAUCUGGACUGACAUGAAAUCGGUCCAGGUUAACUCAUACUAUUUUCAUCAUUUGAACAAGUAAUUACCGGUUGCUGAUCUUAUUUCAGUUGUACUGGAUAUUUCAUUAUGUGCACGUUUGUUGUUAUAAUCAUGUGGUCAUAUUCAUACCUACAGCAGAUGGUUAUGUGGGGUACAUGUGUUGUGGCAGUUGGAAUGUUUGUGGCGUGUUUCCAUGACGACACGAAACAAGGAUGUGAGUGUGUACACGGUGUAAGUUGUGUGUCAGGGUGUUGUCUUCACAUUUCCGUGUCAGUGUGUAACUAGUGACUAACAUUGGUGGGAUUACAAGACUCAACUUACCUAUAGUUUCCUCUCAUUAGGGUUCAAAUGUUCGUGCCCCAUGGCGUUUGCUCAGUGAUAUAAGUAUUUAUGGCUGAACCUUGCUAGGGUGUCUUACAUAAUUAGAUUUCUGGGGCCUGGGUUUGAAGACAGUUUCUGUUCUAUUUUCUGGCUCCCAGAAUAUUUUUGUUUUGUAAAUUCUGCAACCCAAUUUUGGUAAUUCUGUACACUUUUCUUCAAAUGUUUAAGCUUAGUGUUUGAGAAUUUUGUAGGUAUGCACCAUUUUGACUUGUUGCAAACAUUUUUCAGAUAACAGCAAGAAUAGCUUAUGGUCGUGAAUCUGGCAAUUACUAGAAUGUAAUGAUUUUGGCAAGCAAUAAUAUGAAAGUCAACUGAACUUUAAAAUGAAAUCAGUUCAUUUAACCAUUGAUUAGAACAUAAAAAUGUUGAAAUAUCCUUUGUAAAUUAUAUUUCCUUUUUGCAGUUAGCAAGUCUGCCUAAAUCCUCAACCUUUUGACAUAACACUACUUAUUGUCAGUUUCUCACUAAUUAACAUUUCCAGAUACUGGAUAGUUGAUAAAUUCCUGGAGAAUUAUUGUUUGUAAAAUAUUGUAAGCUGGUGGCAGAGUUGAAGGAUGGGCCUAUGAUGAGUAGAACAAGAUGUGCCUCCAUACCCAGGGCCUGUGUGAGCAUCAGAAUGGUGGUGGCAUGUCUGUUGAGUCAGUACACAAGCACAGACAGGGGGGAAGCCUCAUGUCCAUGUAUUUUCAGAGGUUUCCCAAACUUGAUCCAGUGUAUAUGUUUGUGAGAAGUAUCUGCUGUGUGGGUGUACCAUAGUUUGCACGUGUUUGUACUGCUUGCACACACUAAUUUGAUGUAUUCUUGAACAUAAUUUUCACUGUUUAUCCUACCUUUGAAAAUUGUUGCAUUUAUCAUCUUUGAUUAAAGUUCGUUUAAGUUUUGUAUUUUGUAGUUGGUUAAAAUUUUCUCAUUAAUAUAUGUAUAAAAAUAAAUUGAAGCAUGUCUCAUGCAUAUUAUGCAUGUAAUUAUCAACAUUUCAGGGUUGAUGUAACCAGGUACUCACUCCAUUGGUUCAUGCUUGUGUCAAUUUUUUGUUAAAUGAAUGGCACGGACGAAAGUGAAUCUCAUGUUUUGCAUCCUGAUGAGGCAAUAAUUCUUUCAUUGUUACAACAGCAUUUAUUGAGUUUUUGUAGCAGUCCACUUGUAGAUUUCACAUCAUAGCGCUCUGCUAGACGGUCAUUGAAGAAAGGAGUGUGCUGUACCAUCUAAAUAUUGUGUUAAUCUUUCUGUUCAUGUGUUUUUUGUUUCCGCAUUUCAACAUUGUUAUGUGGUGGCCAGGGAUACAGGACAAUCAUGAUGAUGAACUGCCAGGGCCCGUGGAGAACACUUGUACAGUGAGGGCACCGUGUUGAUGCACCUUGCAUCCGUGUUCAGGAUGGUUGGGAGUCUGGCGUUUGUCACAAAGCAAGUCCUAAAGGGCACACCUCCCAUAAUGUAGGUUAAAAUGGAUUUGGAGGCUUUGUGUUGUGUACCACCAUCAUUGUACUACUACAGAACAAGUGCUAUCUUGUACAGUUUGAAUGUUAUGAAUACAAUGCCACGGUUUUUCACAAAUUUGUUAUCAAAAUAUUGUGACAAAUAAAUUGUUUCAAAGGA